AUGGCAGAAAACCAAAAUUCAGUUGAUAUCUACGGUUACGGUUAUGGCUAUGGCGUUAUGUUUGUUAUUUUCGCCUCGGCUUUGUGUUUAACAUUGGCUUAUCCUUUGGAACAUCAAUAUUAUGAAAGCGAAGGCCAUGGUCAGGGCUACGAAACGGAAUUAGCACAUGAUUAUGGUCAUGGCCAUCAACUCGAACGUGUAUCAUUGGGCGAAGAACACAGCAGCUACGGCCAUGAAGAACACCAUGAAGAUGAACAUGUUGACUAUUAUGCUCCUCCAAAAUACGCUUUCAAAUAUGGUGUCAACGAUUUCCAUACCGGUGAUGUGAAAUCACAACAUGAAACUCGUGAUGGUGAUAGUGUAAAGGGUCAAUACUCGUUGGUUGAACCUGAUGGUUCCAUUCGUACCGUUGACUAUACAGCCGAUAAACACAAUGGCUUCAAUGCUGUUGUACACAAGACGGCUCCCGUCCACCAUCACGAAGAACAUCAGGAACAUCAUUACUAAAUUUAAAUUACUUAAGAAUUAAUAUAUAGAAACCAGCAGAGAAACAAAAAACCUUAACCCCAACAAUUGUCUCUACAACCUGAUUUUGCCCAGUUUUAUAAGAAGAAAAACCUGAAUGAGAAAGUAAUUUAAAUUGCUAAUGGUGUGUGUGUGCGUGUUAGACCAUUAACAUUGCAUAGAAUAUUUAGCCAAAUUGUUAAUAAUUUUUAAAUUUAGAAAAAAGAAAAGAAAGUAAAAGAAAAACUUCAAGGCCAAAAAGAAAGUCAAUUUUAAUGUGCAACAAACAAAAACAGAAAAUGCGAUGCUCCUUUCCUCAUAUGUCAACUUAAACUUGUCUUUGUUUUUUAUGUAAUUUAGUAAACUCUUAUGAUUUUUGUUUUAUAUGUACGAGUAUCUCUAUUAAUUUAUGUUUAAAUGUUUUGAUUUUUUUUGUUUAUUUACUUCUGUGAUAGCAUUAAACUGGCUAAUUAAACUAAACUAAUCUAAUCUAAUCUAUUCUAUCAAAUUACCUUUACCACAUACUUAGUAAGUCUUUUAACACUAAAACUAUAACUAUAACUAAUACUAAUACUCAUUCAUGUGCAACUUGUAGUGUGUGAGCAACUGAAUGAAUUUAAUAAUUUAAUAAUUUUACAACUAACCAAUAACAACUACUUAAUUUUCUUUCACUUUUUGUGUGUUUAAUAGACUGUAGACGACUGUAUGGUAUAUAUCGUAGCUGAAGUAAAUAAUGAAUGAUGAAAAAUGAAAAUUAAUUUCAACUAUACUAUAUUCCUUAAUACUUGUUUUUUACAAUAUUUAACUUCUUUUUUUUUUUUUGAUUUUUCCAAAACUGUGUAAUAUGUAAUAUUAUGUACGUUGUAGCUAAUUAUUGUUUUUAUUUUUCGCACUCAUAACUUUUACUAACCCAAUUUUAGAGUUGUUACAGCAAAAAGCAAUCUAUUGUGUAAUUUUUGUUCGUUUAUUCAUUCAAAAGCAUUGCAAUUGCAAUUGAAAUUGAUAUUUUCCUAUUAUAAUAAAUGUGUAAAAAAAGAAUUUAUAAACAAAUAUAAA